AUGAAGAUGUACGCAAGACUCGCCUUUCUGUUCCUUGGCGCCUUUUCCCUCUGUAUUGAAGCCAAAAUUACAAAUCUACGAUUCUUCGGGCUUUGGUUUGGCACUGGCAGAGACAUCAUCCUCAAAUUCGAGAGCACCCUCGUCGUUCCAGGUCCAUCACCUGAUGCUCCUGGGGGAACUAGAGUCCAGGCGGUCUGGCCUGGCGUUCAAGGUAAAGGACUCCUUCAGAACGUUAUCACCAUUGGCGACAAAAAAGGAGAGUGGUGGCAGCUACCAUACUACUGCUGCAACCCUGGCAAGGACUUAGCUGCUGAAGUUCAAGUGUAUCCUGGAGAUAGCAUCACGAAUACAUUCAUACUCAACGAAGCCACGAUGGAGUGGCAAGACAACUACGCGGUAACACCUGGUGCGUCUGCGCAGGAGCCAGCAACAGACAAUACAACCACUAGUAGCUUUAUCUUCGAUCAAGCAGCUGUUGUCGAUGAUGAUUCAACAGUUGGAGACCACUUCACAUGGACAUUCAUGACCAUUGAACUUCAGGGAGAUGGAAAGUGGGAUUUUGGGCCAGUUGCAUGGAGGGAUAUCUUGCUCGGCCCGGUUCUGAAUGGGGGUACAAAGUUCAACUACACCUUUUCGAAGCCUACUGCAUCUGCGGUAGGAAUAAUGUUGUAG